CGCGCCCAAUCCGGAAUAAUCCCCUCCGCAGCCCGCCCCCUCCUCCCUACGUCUCUUCUCUGGCCUCCUCGAUCGCUGGGUCCUCGGGGUGGGCAGAGAGAAUGGCGCCGCUCCACGCCGCCCCUCCGCCGCCCUCCGCCUCAGCCGCCGCCGCGGCGGUCUCUUCCUCCUCCGCCCCCCCGCUCUUCCUCCCCAGACCGUACCACCACCGCAGGGCGCCGUCCUCCUGCUCCCUCACUGUGACCGCCGCCGCUCCGUCAAGAAAAGCGUUCCUGGCAUGCCCGGAUCACAGCCCGGCGGCCGCCCCGCCGCGGGCCGGGCGGGUAGCGCCAUCGUCGUCCCCGGCGCUCGUCUCGUCCGUGCAAGACCUGUACGACUUCAUCUGCAGCGGCCCGCUGGUGGACAGGAUCGGGUACACCAAGGAGAAGAUCGCCGAGUCCAUCGAUCGGUGGCUGCGCAGUGGCGUGCAGGUGGCCCGCCUGUUCCGCCUCAACGAGCUCCAGCUGUCGGAGGCCGAGAAGGCUAGGAUAUACCACUUCUACAUCCCCGUCUUCCUCUGGUGCGAGGACCAGGUCAUCGAGCACAGGGCCAAGUACAACGAGGGCGAUGACAUCCCGCCAUUGGUGAUUGGGGUCAGCGCUCCCCAAGGCAGUGGAAAGACCACUCUGGUUUUUGCACUUGAUUACCUUUUUCGGGUUGCUGGUAGGAAUUCCGCUACAUUGUCAAUUGAUGACUUCUAUUUGACAGCAAAAGAACAGAAUGAAUUGAGGGACAGAAAUCCUGGAAAUUCUAUUUUAGAGUUCCGUGGAAAUGCAGGAAGCCACGAUCUCCAAUUCUCAGUUGAAACACUAGAGUCACUGAUCAAACUAACAAAGGAAGAUAUGAAGAUGAAGCUUCCACGGUAUGACAAGUCUGCUUUUGGUGGAAGAGGUGAUCGGGCUGAUCCUUCACUGUGGCCGGAGGUUGAAGGGCCUUUAGAGGUGGUUCUCUUUGAAGGAUGGAUGCUUGGGUUUAAACCUCUGCCAAAUGAAGUUGUGAAAGCAGUGGAUACUCAGCUCGAGGUGGUUAACAAGAACCUUCAAGCGUACUAUGAUGCUUGGGACAGGUUCAUCGAGUCAUGGAUCGUUAUAAAAAUAAAGGAGCCCAAUUGUGUAUACCAGUGGAGGCUGCAGGCAGAGAUAGCUAUGAGAGCAGAUGGAAAACCUGGAAUGUCCAAUGAGGAGGUUAUGGAUUUUGUAUCACGCUACCUACCAGCGUACCACGCAUAUUUGCCCACAUUAUACAAAGAGGGACCGAAUGGUUCAAAACCAGACCACCUGCUGGUCAUUGACAUAGAUGAAGAGAGGAGUCCUAUAUGGGGCAGUUGAAUCCUGAUGUACAGCUGAAAUGGAAUUCCUGACCCUACGGUGGAGCUUGGGAUCUCUGAUCUUUAUGAGACAACCUAUGUCAAUCAAACACCAAUGGCCUAUUGUUUCUCACACUCUAGUUCAACUAUAUCCUAAACGUGUAAAUUUCAGGUA